ACCCAGGCAGCCAUGAUGGCACAGGAGCUGAAGAAGAAGAGGGAACAGAACACUAGUGGCUACAUAGAACACACAAAGAAUUUAGAACAGGAUACAAUAAUCUAGAACAGGACACCAGUGGCUGCAAAGAACGUAGGACAAACAUAGAACUGGACACCUGUGAGCAUAUACAGUAGAACACACAAAGAAGAAUCUUGGCAUUGGAACCUUGAAGAGAAAGAUCUGCAGCUGUGUGUGGACGAGGCAGACGUCAUGGCGAUGAGAGUGGGGAAGAGUCAGCUUCAGAAACUGGAGACUAGGGUGCAUGAGCUGGAGAGUGAACUGGAGGCUGAGCAGAGGCGUGGGGCCGAGGCCAUCAAAGGAGUCCGCAAAUAUGAGAAGAGGAUGAAGGAGCUGAGCUAUCAGACAGAUGAGGACAGUAAGACUGUGCGGCAUCUUCAGGGUUUGGUUGAUAGUCUUCAGCUACAGAUGAAGACGUACAAGAGGCAAACAGAGGAAGCGGAGGAGCAAGCCAACGCUCACCUGUCCAAGUUCAGAAAGGUGCAACACCAGCUGAAGGAGGCCGAGGAGAGGGCAGACAUUGCGGAGGCCCACAUCAACAAACUCAAAACCAGAAACCAACAGCUGUGAUGUAAGUCCAAAUUGCAGCCGUAACAGAGGAUUUCGAGGUGGACUUGAACUUCACUCUCUCUGUAUGAAGUAGAGCGACUACACUGGACAGCAAUCAAGUUCAGCCCAUUAUGACGGUUGCUAUAUCUGAUAUCUGAUGCACAUUUUUCCCCUUCAAAAUGCACUGUGUGUGCUGAACAAAAGCCUUUACAUUCUCUUAUUUAAGUCUACUCAGAUAUGUAUAAAAAAACCUCUUGGCAUACCAAAGAAAUAAAGAUGAAACAACCAGUUCAUUGAUUUAAAAUGAGCCUAUUCUAUCCAC